AUGGAUAUUGAUGCUGAAACUUCAGGAUCUGAAACAGAGGAAGCUUUUAAUCAUUUAAAUGCAGAUCAAAAUAGGAAAAGUAAGCGGGCAGGAGGAUGGCAAGCUAUGGGUCUCGAUCAUGCAGUCUAUAAAGGAAUAAUUAAGAAGGGCUAUCGCCAACCAACACCGAUUCAACGUAAAUCAAUUCCUCAAAUCUGUAGUGGAGCAGAUGUGGUUGCAAUGUCGAGGACUGGAUCUGGGAAAACUGCUGCUUUUGUUAUUCCAAUGCUCCAAAAAUUGAAGAAAAGGGAUACUCGCGGGAUCAGAGCUAUCAUUUUUGCUCCAACAAGAGAAUUAGCUCUUCAGAGCUUUAAAUUUGUUAAAGAACUCGGUCGGUAUACAGGGCUUUUAUGUGCAUGUUUGAUUGGUGGCGAUGAUAUGGAUGAACAAUUUGCAGUUUUACACAAACAUCCAGAUAUUUUGAUUGCUACACCGGGUCGUCUUUUACACAUUGUUAUGGAAAUGGGGCUUAAAUUGACUGCUGUUCAGUAUGUUGUGUUUGAUGAAGCAGAUCGUUUAUUUGAAAUCGGUUUGGGUGAUCAACUUAAAGAAAUAAUUAAACGACUCCCUGAAAGUCGACAAACUCUUUUGUUUUCGGCAACUUUACCCAAAAUUUUAGUGGAUUUUGCAAAGGCUGGGCUUUCAGAUCCUGUUUUAGUUCGUUUGGAUGUUGAGUCAAAGUUGAGUGAGAAUUUAAAAACAGUCUUCGCUUGUUGUCGUGCUAAUGAAAAAUUACCAGCAUUGAUUCAUCUAUGUCGAGCAUUAAAUAGAGAACAUCAAAAGACAAUUAUUUUCUGUGCUACAAUGAAACAUGUAGAAUUACUGGUUGCUUUUCUACAAGAAGCAGGGAUGGAUCCAGCAUUCCUAUAUAGUCAAUUGGAUCCUGUUGCUCGAAAGCAGAAUAUUUACAGAUUUCGAAAUACACCCGAAUGUUCUCUUCUUGUUGUCACCGAUAUUGCAGCUAGGGGUGUAGAUAUUCCGUUGUUGGAUUAUGCGGUUAAUUGGCACUUCCCUUCUCGUCCCAAAUUAUUUGUCCAUCGUGUUGGUCGUGUUGCAAGAGCAGGCAUGUCUGGAACAUCGAUCUCUUUUAUAGCACCGGAUGAGAUGGCAUAUGCUCUCGAUGUUUUUCUAUUUACUGGAAAACCUUUAGCUUUUGUUGAUAAAGCUGAUUUGGAGAAGAAUAUACAUGAAGAAAACCAUUCUGGAUUGAUUGGCACGCUUCCGGACACUUUCUCGCAUUUGGAAACUGAAUUUAUCUCAAACCUACAGCAAAAUUCAAUUGAAAUUCGCGAUAUUCAAGCAAAAGCUGACAAUGCAAUGAAGAAAUACACUAAAACAAGACCCCAAGCAUCAGCUGAAUCCAUUCGACGAGUAAAAACUGAACUUUAUCAAAUAACACCUUUUGUACAUCCAUUUUUCUUGUCGAAGGAUUUAUUCCCUAAACUUGUAGCUGAAGAAUGCAGUGAUAAUGGGUUAAAAGAUGGAUUGCAGCGAAAAGAUGGAUUGCAGGAAAUUCUCCAACAAAUUCGAAAUUGGCGGCCAAAUCAGGCCAUUUUCUCCAUGCAAAAUACUUUGGGGGGUAAAGGAAGGUUUUCUGAAAAUAAGCAAAACCUUCCUGUAAAGAAGGAAACGAAGAAUGACCAGAAAUGCAGUAUUGAAAGAUGUAAAGCUGAGGAGAAAGCAACUAAUUAUGUUGAUUAUUUACCGACAGAUGCAAAUACUGAAUCAGGGCUUUCUGUGCAAAAUGACAAUAAUUUAGGCGGGUUUGAAUCGAUGGCAAAACGAGCAAGUUUGGAACUGGGCGCUGAUGAUGAAAAAGGUCUUUAUAUGGCUACAAAAGGUGGGAAGAAUGUUUGGGAUCGAAAGAGAAAAAAAUUUGUAAGUGCCGAAAGUGGACAACCAAAAAUAAAGAAGAUCCGCACUGAAGACGGUGGUUGGAUGCCUGUUAGUUAUAAAAGUGGACGUUAUGAAAGAUGGAAACAACGACAAAAUAUUAGUUUCCAAGAUGAAGAAGAGGGUGGAAUUGAUGGCAGAAGAGAAAGAAAUGGACGGAGAAAGUCUUUUGGAAAGAAUAAAAGUAAAGGUAAUACAAAUAACACCACUAAAACUUCAAAAGCCAAAUCAAAGAUGGAAAUUCGGAACAGUGAUCAAAUAAUCAAAAAUCGACGAAAAAAGGCUCGGGUUCAGUCUUAUCAAAAUUAUAGGAAACAAGAGAAUUUGAAGAAAAAGGAUCGGAGAGGUAGAGCCGGAGGAAAAGGAGGAAGAUUUGGAAAUGGCAAGAGAAAAUCAAAGGCUUGA